AUGGCUCUUCCUAUCUAUGUUCCAAUUGGAUAUAUCACCGUUUUGGUCGUUUCACUUUCGAUCUUCAGUAAAGUAUACAGAAGAAGGACCGCAGAGGCCUUGGUACGUGAACAUGGUCAGCCUUGGUUCCCAGAAGGACAUCCUGAACGAGAUAUCUAUCAAACAUUAGUACAAGCAUCAUCUUCAGAGUCAGGAGGAGAGAAGCAACAAAAUGUCGUUCCAGAUGUGGUGCUCAAAGCGGCCUUACUGAAUCGUGCAAUGGCAGACGUACGAAGAAUUAUUCGAAUGCGUGAUGAUAAGCAAGCAUUAUCAACAUUGCUACAAAAAGGAUCGAUCGGAGAUGAGACGAUGGCAAAGUUCACUCUAGCAGAAAAAGAAUUGGAAGCCGAAAUCUUGGACGUGGUAAGCGAAGCAAACACAUUCAGAGAAGGAUGGGGACAGUUGAUCUUCCCUUCAGCGAGCGAAAUGGUUGCCCACUUGAAGCACAAGGAUGUCUACUAUGGCAUUCAACAACAAAGAGCGGAAGAGGUGAAGAAACUCACAGAAGCCGGCAGACCUGUUCCACAACCA